CCAAUGCCCGCCAUGUUAGACCGGGCCCCUCUUUGAUUCUUCCCGGGGAGCGUGCGGGAGCUGCGGGAACCGCGGUCCUUGUUAACACCGGUUCCAUUGUGAAUCCGCCUCGUUCAGCCGAAGCGUUUCGGACGGAUUAUUUUAUACCAAACUGCUACAAUGGCGACGGCGGCGGCCUCCCCUCCGCCCGGGCAGAGGAGCACGUGCAGCACCCCUCUGAGCCCCACCAGGAUCACCCGGCUGCAGGAGAAGCAGCAGCUCCGGGACCUCAACGACCGCCUGGCCGUCUACAUCGACAAGGUCCGCAGCCUGGAGUCGGAGAACAGCGUGCUGCACCUGCAGAUCAGCGAGAAGGAGGAGGUGCGGAGCCGCGAGGUGACCGGGCUCAAGGCGCUCUAUGAGACGGAGCUGGCGGACGCGCGGAGGAGUCUGGACGACUCCUCCAAGGAGCGGGCCUGGCUGCAGAUCGAGCUGGGCAAGAUCAAGUCCGAGCACGAGCAGCUGCUGCUCAGCUACAACAAGAAGGACUCGGAGGCGGCGGCGGCCCAGACCCGCCUCCGGGACCUGGAGGCUCAGCUCAACUCCAAGGAGGCCCUGCUGGCCACGGCGCUGUCCGAGAACCGCGGCCUGGAGGCCACGCUGGCCGAGCUGCGGGAGCAGCUGCAGGAGCUGGACUCGGGUCUGAGUCAGGCCAAGAAGCAGCUUUCCGACGAGAUGCUGCUGCGCGUCGACCUGGAGAACCGCUGCCAGAGUCUGUCGGAGGACAUGGACUUCCGCAAGAGCAUGCACGAAGAGGAGGUGAAGGAGGCCCGGCAGCGCUACGAGACCCGCCUGGUGGAGGUCGACUCCGGGCGCAAGGAGGAGUACGAGUUCAAGCUGACCCAGGCCCUGGCCGAGAUGAGGGCCCAGAACGAGGAGCAGAUCAAGAUCUACAAGGACAACAUGGAGGGCACCUACGCAACCAAGCUGGAGGACCUGCACCGCCUCUCGGAGAUGAACGGAGCGUCGGCCAACCUGGCCCGGGAGGAGCUGAGAGAGUCGGCGCUGAGGAUCGAGAGUCUGAGCUCGCAGCUGUCCGCCAUGCAGAAGGAGACCCGCGGCUGGCGUGACCGCAUCUCGGAGCUGGAGGCGGCGCUGGCCCAGGAGAAGGACUCCAGCCGGAAGCAGCUGGCGGAGAAGGAGCGGGAGGUGAUGGAGAUCCAGAACAAGAUGCUGCAGCAGCUGAGCGAGUACGAGCAGCUGCUGGACGUCAAGCUGGCGCUGGACAUGGAGAUCAACGCCUACCGCAAGCUGCUGGAGGGCGAGGAGGAGAGGCUCAAGCUGUCCCCCAGUCCGUCCUCCCGGGUGACGGUGUCCCGGGCCUCGUCCAGCAGCCGCAGCUUGCGCACCACCCAGGGGAAGAGGAAGCGCGUGGACGUGGAGGAGCAGGAGGCCAGCAGCUCGGUGUCCAUCGCCCACACCGCCUCGGCCACCGGGCCCGUCAGCGUGGACGAGAUCGACACCGACGGGAAGUUCAUCUGCCUCCACAACAGCGGGGACGAGGACCAGGCCAUGGUGGGGUACGAGCUCGUCAAAACCAUCGGCGGCGCUUCGGCCACGUACAAGUUCACUCCCAAGUAUGUCCUGAAGGCCGGGCAGAAGGUCCUGAUCUGGGCGUCUGACGCCGGCGUGAGCUCCAAGCCGCCGUCGGACCUGGUGUGGAAGAGCCAGACGGCCUGGCGCUCCGGGGAGGACGUGCACGUGGCGCUGGUCAACCCUCAGGGAGAGGAGGUGGCAUCCAGAACCACCACCUAUAAGACAACAAUAGAAGAGGAACAGGAGGAAGAGGAGGAGGAAGACAACGGCGUGGAGGCCAUCGAGGAAGACGUGCUCCACCAGCAGGACCCUCGCGCCGCUAAGAGAGGCUGCCUCAUCAUGUGAUGUACCUGACUCAACCAGACACCUCCACCCCCCCCCCUCCCCCUCGUCUGAGCCCAGCCAGUCUGCUGCCAACUGUAAUACUAGAACUAUUUUUCUAUCUUUUGUAGUGUUUCUGUUUGAUUUGGUUUUUUAAUGAGAUGUGUCGCAGAUCCUUUUUGUUUUUUGUUUUUUUUACCAGCCGUGGCUGAACGCCGAGCUCCGGCUCCGGCUCCGGCCGCGUCUUUAAACCACAAACAGUACUCCGAAUUAUUUUAUCGUACCGCCGACCUGCUCUUCUUAGGCCUUUAAAAUCAGAAUGAAGCCACUUCCUGUUUCAACUUAGCUCCGACUCUACUGUACCAGGUGAAAAUCAGGAGACGGGACGUGAUUGAUGACUUCCUCUCGGCUGUCUGGACCUUCUGAAGCAUAAUGUCAUUAAAUGAGACGGGGCCCCUGUGUGCGCUGGCAUGUGAUUGUAUUGACCGGAGUGCCAGCAGCCGGACGGCCGCACGGCGGCCUUCAGCGCGACGGGGUGCAGCACAUGUGAAGUGUCGAGUGUAUUCUUAACUUUUAUAUUUGAAGUGUUUCAGUACUUUGUGUUGGUGUGUGUUACUAUGCAUGCGAUGUUUGUAGCCCGUAGACGAAUGAAUAAACCUUCAUUCUAUUCUGAUU